UCAUUUCUUUUAAGAUGGCGGCUCACAUGGACAUGUUUCUCCGGUUCCUCGACGUCAAGCCGGAAAGCGUAAAUUUGCAGAUAAAAAAGAAAGUGCCGAAAACGACGACAGAAUCUGGGCAGGAACUGACGGGCUGUGCUCCCAUCAGCCGGUACUUUGCUGAACAGUCCGCCAAGGACAAAGAAAUUUGGGGAAAGACUCCGCAGGACCGGGCAGAGAUCCAGCAGUGGCUGGAAUACAGGGCACUGCACCUUGACGAGGUGGUACCGACGCAAGAGGCAGUGCACGAAAUUCUUCAGGAACUGAACUGCUACAUGGGAGAUCGGACAUACUUCGUGGGCAAUGGCUUGACUGUGGCAGACAUUUUCAUGUACUACAGUCUUCAUUCCUACUUCGUGUCAUUGACCUUCAGGGAUAAGGAACGGUACCACCAUCUCUCCAGAUGGCUUGCUCUUGUACAGCACCAAGAAGGACUGCGUCAGAGCCUUCCCCUGGUGACAUUCAGCAAGACGCCUCUCUACCGGGUGCUGAACUGAUGGGCGUGCACGUUAUCACAAUCUAAUUUAAGUUUUGUUACACCUUUCACUGCUAUCUGUGGACGUGGAAAAAUGUGUCGUGUCCUUAUGGUCUCAUGGGUCUGCCUUGGUUGUUGGUGUCAAGCGGUGCAUUUCAUUUUGAGAGAAUAACACGCAGGUCUACACUAGUUUGAUGGGGAUAUCGUCGAGUAUGUUUGAUUUUUUAGCUAUGAAAUGCUUUGUGGGUGGAAGAAAUUGUCUUGAGUUUUAUCUAACCAAUGUUAACUGAUGAAGCAUUACACAAGUAUGUCACUUCUGAUAACUUUCUUCAAUGCUCACUUGUUUCGUGUUUAAAUCAUGUCAUGUCCUAAUCUUCGUUCCACUGAUGGUGGAAUACGAGAAUUAUUGUAGCAGCAGCCGAAUAUGUUCGUACUGUUAGGCUUGGGUUUUUAAUGUUGUUUGUUUUUUAGUCCCGGGCCUAUCUUUUUUUGUUUCUAUUUGAACCGAAUGAAGCACAAUGCCGUCAUUCCAGGAAUACUGCACAGUACGGAACGCAAGGAUCGUUUUCUCCCUUUUGAGUUCGUUCCGUAAGAAAAUAAAACAAAAAAGUGCUCCCUUUCGGUGAA